AUGCUUAAAGAAUACAGACAUAGAUGUCAAAGUGGGAAAAUUAUUUCGUUAAUUGAAGAAAAUUAGGCAAAGAUUAUCGAAAAAGUAGAAAAUUUAAUAAAAAAUUCCAUAAAAAUAAUUGAAUCAUUACAUGGCCUUGUUGAUAAUUCAACUCAUCGAUUACUAAAUGAUGGAAUGGAUUCGCAAUCUUAAAUAAUUAGGAUCAUAAUAUUCUUUUAUAGUUUUUAUGAGGAAUUAGAAAUUAUGUUCUUAAAGUAAAAUAUAAUUAAUGUUAACUAAUAAAUAUAAAUAGAAGAAAUUUAGAAAACCAAUCACUGUUGGUCUUCCAAAUUGAAUCUCAAAUUAGAAUAUUUUAAUUAAUUAGGAGAGUAUAAUAAAUGUAGAGAACUAUUGUCAAAUUUAGAAUUAGGUUCCUAGGCAUUUGCUCAAAGUGAAUAGUAACAUUAAACAAAAAUAGAGUGUUAGUUAAUAAUAAAUCAAUAAAAGCUUUAUAAGAAGGUGAAAUAAAAUUAAAAUUAAUUGAUUAAUUUGUUAAAUAAAGUCAGAGAUUUAAUGCAAUAGUUUUUGAUUCUUCUGGAUCAAUCAUGAUAUCUAGAAAAAAUAAAGAUAUUAAAGUAUGGAGGUUUCUAAAUGGAAAAAUUGAAUUAAUAAAAACAUUGUAAGGACAUACUGAUUUUAUUUUUGCUUAGUCUAUAGAAGAAUUAGAAUUCCUUUAUUGCAGGUUCAUGUGAUUAGACAAUAAGAUGUUGGAAAUAAUUGGACUCAUCUGAUUGGAUCACUUCAUAACCUUAUUAAUAACACUCAGAUUGUAUAAAUUGUAUUUAAUUAAAUUCAAAUGAAGAUUUACUAUUUUCUGGGAGUAAUGAUAAAUUAAUUAAUGUAUGGAAGGUUGAUUUUAUUAAAAUAUAUUAACAUACAUGUAUUCAUUAGAUAAGCACGAUAAUUAGGUUGCUGCAUUAAGUUUAAAUUAAUCAUAAACAUAAUUAGUAUCAUGUGCUAAAGAGAAUAAUUAGAUUAUAAUUUGAGAAAGGAGAGAAUAAGAUAAGUUUUAAUUCAAAUAUUUUGUUAUAGUCGAUUAAAUUUUUCAUUUAAAAGGAAUUUUGUGUAAGAAGAUAUAUAAUUGAUUUAUUAAAUUAAUUAAUCAAAUUAAGACUGUGGGUUUAAGGUUAAGUUUAUUAAAGAGGAUUAAUUUAUUGGGGUAACCGAGGGAAAAGAAAUAGAUAAACUAUGUAUAUUUGAAAAAAAAGAAAGAGUCUUUUAAGAAAAUUAGGAGAAGACAAUUUAAUUAAUUGCAAAUAAUUAAAUAUAUGAUGAAUUGUAUUUUCCAAUAGUUUACAAUAAGGAGAGGAAUUUGAUAGUAGUAAGACAUAAAACUUAUAUUUACAUCAUUAGAAAAAUGAAUGAUGGGAAAUUCACAAUAGUUGAUUAAUUGAAUUGCAA